AGAAAAACAAUUAUAAAUUCUCUCUUUUUUCUUCCUUUUAGCUGAUAAAAGAAGCAAGUCUGUUCUUCAAAAAGAGAGUAAAAUCUUGAAUCUUGAUCAAUACCCAUUAUCCAUCUUCCAUCAAUGGUGAUUCCCUUAAAAGGUGGAACCAGGCCUCCAUGGGUGGCUCUUGGAGCCGGCGUUUGGUUACAAGUAGCGUCAGGAAAUGCUACAAAUUUCCCUCUUUACUCACACUCGUUGAAAUCCGUUCUGGGUUUCAAUCAACAACAACUCACCCUCCUCGGAGUAGCCAACGACAUCGGAGAAAACGUUGGAAUCCUGCCGGGGAUCGCCUGUAACAAAUUCCCACCAUGGGUUAUCCUCUCAAUUGGAGCCAUCACUUGUUUCUUCGGCUAUGGCAUCAUCUGGCUAGCUGUUUCUGGUACCGUUCAGUCCAUUCCUUACUGGCUGUUAUGGAUCGCACUUUGCAUCGCAACAAACAGCUGUGCUUGGUUUGGAACAGCAGUUCUCGUAACCAAUUUGAAAAACUUCCCUCUCAGCCGAGGAACCGUGGCCGGAAUCAUUAAAGGUUAUGGAGGAAUAAGCGCCGCAAUUUUCACUGAGAUUUUCGGAAUUUUACUUAAAAAUUCCGCCACAAAGUUAUUAAUGUUCCUCACAAUUGGGAUUCCUGUCAUAUGCAUAGCAUUAAUGUACUUCGUGAGACCUUGUACACCCGCAACAGGGGAAGAUUCGGAAGAACAUGGUCAAUUCUUGUUUGUUCAAGUUACUAGUGUUGUCUUGGGUUUAUACCUUCUUUCGACAACAAUAUUGGAUCAUAUGUUUUCUCUAAGUGCUGAUGUUUCUUAUGUUCUCAUAAUUGUAAUGGUGUUGUUGUUGUUGGCACCCCUUUGUGUUCCUUUGAAGAUGACGUUUUACCCUUCUAGUAGGAGUAAGUCUUAUUCUUCCCUGACGAAGCUGGUUGUUGAAGAAGGUAACGGGGAUAAAACUGAAACAGAGGCGUUGUUGGUUUCUUCGAAUGUUGUUGAAGAAGAGGAUAUGAAGAUCCUUCUUGCUGAAGGCGAGGGCGCGGUGGUGGUGAAGAAGAGACGGCCUAGAAGAGGAGAGGAUUUCACAAUACUGGAAGCCAUGAUUAAGGCAGAUUUCUGGCUUCUAUUCUUUGUUUUCUUCGCAGGAGUUGGUACCGGAGUGACAGUACUAAACAACCUAGCCCAAAUAGGAAUCGCAAUGGGUACCCAUGACGCAACCGUUCUCCUAUCCCUAUUCGGAUUCUGCAACUUCGUUGGAAGAUUAAGUGGCGGGGCAAUUUCAGAACAUUUUGUGAGAACAAGAGUGAUUCCUCGUACAAUAUGGAUGACUAUAAGCCAAGUGAUAAUGGCGGUUACUUAUCUGAUAUUUGCUUCGGGUUUGAAAGGAACACUUUAUCCUGCAACUGGUGUACUAGGAGUGUGUUACGGUUUCCAAUUCUCCAUAUUGGUUCCGACUGCUUCUGAGUUGUUUGGGUUGGAGAAUUUCGGGUUGAUUUUCAAUAUAAUGUCGCUUGUGAAUCCGCUUGGGGCGUUUUUGUUUUCGGCUCUUCUUGCAGGACAUGUUUAUGAUAAAGAGGCGGCGAAACAGCAAUCUUUGACUUGUAUUGGUCGGGAUUGUUUUGGGCUAACGUUUAUGGUUAUGGCUGGAGUUUGUUGUGUUGGAAGUUUGCUUAGUGUUGUUUUGACAAGACGAAUUAAGCCAGUUUAUCAGAGUCUUUAUGCUGGAGGUUCUUUCCGUUUGCCAUCUUCAUCGGCAAGCCAUUAAUGAUUCUACUUGUUUUGUUUCUUGUGGGUUGUUUCAUUUUUUUUGAAUUCUUUUCUUGCUACACUGUUUUUGAGCUACUAAUCAAUUAAUUAAUUUAUUAAUUGAUACGCGUGUCAAAAUAAUAUAAUAAUGGUUUGUCAU